GACACCAUUUGUUUUGAAAAAAAAGUAAGGACACAAAUUAUGAAGAAACACCCCUUAUCCUUUCUCAUUGUUCUCUGCAUAUUCUCCUACUUAUCACACUCAACAAAUUCUUCUUUAUGCCCCAUAGAUUUCAAUUAUGUGAAUACCUUUCCAUGGGACAUCUCAGACUGCUCCACCACCGCAACCGCCACUGCUACGGAAAACUGCUGCUCAUCUCUCCGUGGCCUCUUCCGCAUCGGCCUCGCUCACCACCUCAAGAAAACUAAAACUUUCUAUCUCCCAAACCCACAAUCAUCCGCUUCUUGCAUCUCCGAUUUCCAGUCCCGCCUCUCUUCAAUCUCCGUAGCACACCCCUUAUCUACUUGCCACAGCUCCACCAACGAGUUUGUUGCAAGCCCAUCAAACUGUGAUGGGAUUGUCACGUUAUUAGAUUGGGUUGAUAGGAUUGGUCCCAACACUGUGCUACAGUCCUCUUGUGACGGAGAUCUUGCUGAGUUUUUGAGGUGUAGGUCUUGUCUUGAAGCACGUAUGGAUGUUAAUUCUAACUUGGUAUCAUUGAGUCAAAACUCGAGUAAAUGUUUGGCUUUUACUGCUCUAUAUGCUGCUGGAAUAGUUAACAGUUAUGGGCCUGAUGAUAUCCAGACAGCCAAGUGUAUACUUGGCAUCUCUUUGUCUAAAUCAAGAUCAAAUUCGAGAUCAAAGGAAAAUACCAUUUAUGCAGUUUUGGGGGCGUUGAUAGGAACUCUUGUUUUUGUUGGAGCAAGUGGGAUUUAUAGGAGAUAUAAUAACAAGAGGAAAGAAACUCAAUCACAUAGAGAUUAUGUAAGAGAUGUAAAAGCUCGUGUUUUGCCCAACACAGGCGCAAAAUGGUUUUGUAUAGCCGAGCUUGAUGUAGCUACGAACAGGUUUUCACAACAAAACUUGAUAGGUCAAGGUGGGUUCGGGGUUGUUUACAAAGGAACACUUUCUGAUGGAACACUUGUUGCAGUCAAGAAGAUGAUGAGCUUCGACGCACAAGCAGACAAUGAUUUUGUUAAUGAGGCUGAGAUCAUAAGCAAGAUCCGGCAUCGAAAUCUUCUGCCCUUAAGAGGGUUUUGUGCAACGAGUGAUCCGAUACAAGGAAACGAAAGGUAUCUUGUUUAUGAUUAUAUGCCAAAUGGUAGUUUACAUGAUCAUAUUUUCGACAAAAGUACAUCUAACCAUAAGAGACUAAGUUGGCCUCAACGAAAAUCGAUCAUACUUGAUGUGGCUAAAGGGUUAUCUUAUUUGCACAAUGAGAUCAAGCCCGCAAUCUUUCAUCGUGAUAUUAAGGCAACCAACAUUCUUUUGGAUUCGAAUAUGAGAGCUCUAGUUGCGGAUUUUGGGUUAGCCAAGCAAAGUAGAGAUGGGCAGUCUUGGAUAACUACGAGAGUUGCGGGAACAUAUGGAUAUGUAGCACCUGAGUACGCGCUCUAUGGACAACUAACAUCAAAGAUUGAUGUUUAUAGUUUUGGGAUUAUAGUUCUUGAGAUCAUGAGUGGGAGAAAGGUGAUUGAAGAGGUGAAAGGAGUGAAUUUGGGGAUGGUUUUGAUUGCAGAUUGGGCAUGGGAGAUGGUGAAAUCAGAUCGAAUUGAGGAGGUUUUUGAUGAUUCUCUAAAAGGAGAGGGAACCUUGCCUAAGGGUAUGAUGGCAAGAUUUGUAAGAGUUGGAUUAGUUUGCGCACAUGCGCUGGUGGCUCUACGACCAACGAUUUCGGAAGCUCUAAAGAUGUUGGAAGGUGACAUUGAUAUCCCUCCAUUGCUCGACCGACCAGCGCCAUUUUUUCACGACCCUUUUAGGUCGAGUUUCCGGCAUAGCAACAGUUUGUGGUUGAGUAGUGAAGGAUCCAUGGCCAAUUCAAGCGUCAACAACCAAAUUUGAGGGAAGAGCCAACAACUUGAAAGACAUACUUUUUAUGUAACAUUUCUUUUGUCUAGGCUUUCUGUAUGAUUAAUGUACAUUAAGCUAAUACCUUGUUUUUAAUAGCUAUGAAAUUUUGUGAGAGAUAAAAUACAACUUUUUGUAUCUCUAAA